AUGGUGGCCGCCCUGGCACAAUCAAAGCUCCACGCAUUUUUGGAGCUUCCAUUGCACCAAGGGGACCCCCAUCCUGACUUUUUUGAUCCUGUGAACACCCCUGGCCUGGAGAUAAGCGAAACAGAACAGCUAAGCAAGAACUGCUUCUUUGGAUACUGGCUAACAGGGCAGGAUUGUCGUGACCCUGAUGAGAAGUUUAUUCAUGCUCAGCGGCUGCUCCAGAACACCCCAAAAAGCGGGCCGGCGGAGCUCGCCGGGGCCUCACGCCCUUCUCCCCCCCGCCAGUGCCGGAACUGCGACUACCAGCAGGAGGCCGACAACAGCUGCAUCUACGUGAACAAGAUCACCCACGAAGUGGACGAAUUAACCCAGAUCAUUGCUGACGUUUCUCAGGAUCCAACUCUGCCCCGUACAGAAGACCAUCCCUGUCAGAAAUGUGGCCACAAAGAAGCAGUAUUUUUCCAGUCUCACAGCGCGAGGGCCGAGGAUGCCAUGCGCCUGUACUAUGUCUGCACAGCCCCCCAUUGCGGCCACCGUUGGACAGAGUGAAACACUCAGAGAUGGCCAGGCCUCUGCCAGGCCUCUUCCUGUCUCCUGGCCGCAGAGUACUUCCCUGCUAUUUAUCAGUUCACGCUGUCUGAAUCGUAUUUCGUUUUUGCUCUAAUAAAUGAUUUAUUUUUUACAGAAGACUCAACCUUGUGCAUGGAGUGGGGCUCAGCAGAGGUUAUACUGUGGCAUGCUUGCUGCUGUCUGAGCUUGGUUAUUUGCUUGCAGAUGUUUCAUUACCCAGCUAGGCAACAUCAUUGGUGCGAGCAAGUGCGGGGUUUGCUCUGUUUCUAUACACUAGACUGCCCUGCCAGUGUUGCUGGGGGUGUGGUUUUCUCCUUGGUAGUUCCUUGAUUAGGGUGUUGUUUGGAAAAAUACAGGGAGCAAACCCCACACUUACCAGCACUGAUCAUGUGACCUAGUUGGGGAACAAAACAUCUGCAAGCCAAUCACCAAGUUUAGAGAGCACCAAGGACUCUGCUGUUCAACCCUGAGCUACAGAGAUUCUCUUUAUUAGAGGUUAUAUUCUUUGUGAUUUAGGCUUUAGAUCACAAGGAAGAAGAAAGUGCCUCUGAAUACAAGCACAGCGUGUUCCCUUUCUAAUCAGCUGGGGAACAUUUGCCCUCCCACUUUUUCAAUUCACUUGCUUGGAAUUUAACCACUCACCUUGUGGGCAAGAAUUUAAUGACAAAAGGUUCUCUAAGCUUCUGAGCCCUCUUUUUCCUUAAGGUAGCUCUAUUUCACUUAUGAGAGCCAGUUUGGUGUCGUGGUUGAGGCACCAGGAUAGAAACUGGGAAGCUGUGAG